CUAUGGUUUAACAUUAAUCGUAUUAAUUAGUCAAACUUGCACUCGCUUGAGUUUUUUUAUUUUUUUUAUUUUUUUGAAAUUUAUUUAUUAUUAUUUUAUUUUUUUUAGAGAUUUCCAUUUUGGACUUAAACAAACGACAACAAAAAACUUCGCCCUGGACCUGACUAAGAGUCUGCAGUCUCUGGAACCUGACUUCUAACUUUCUCAUGCCUAAGAAUUGCCACAGAGAAGACACAAGCACAGAAGAACACAAGAUGACACCUGGAACACACAGCUAGACCUACUCAAGACAAUAUGGCGGCCAAUCAGAGUCUUACCACCUCCGCUCAUGCCAUCUCCAAAGAAUUAAUAGAAAGCUUUGUGUCUGAAUUAAAACAGAAAAAUACAAUUUUGUAUGAUAUAAAAAAGAAGAUAAGUCACAAAACUAUUGAAACAAAGUUCGACGAUGCCAAAAUGCAACAGGAGAAACCCACAGCGCCAAAAAAUUUGGAAGAAGUCAUUAAGGAAAUUAACCAAGUAAACGAAUCCAUUGCCGAAAAUGUAAAAGUGCUAUAUGAAAUUGAAAUGAAAGCUUCAGGUAAUAUGGAUGCUGAUGAUGCUAUGGAUGCUGAUGAUGCUGAUGUUGAAAAUGAGCCACAUCUCCGAGAAAUGCAUGGGAGGGCAGGUGGAAGAGGUAGAGACAGUGGUAUUGGCAGCACUUCAUCUUCGGUUCUUAAUUGUCAGAGUGUAUCAUCUGCAAUUCUUUCUCAAAGUAUUGUUAGACAAGAGACCGAACCGCCAGCUGAGAAAUACUUGAGUUCAUCUUUGGAUGGAUAUAACCAAGCAAUGCCAGGCAACAAUGUUAGCACAAAUGCUGAAGGGGCCACAGCUGCUUGUCCGAACGAACAUAAUUCUUUGGACGAUACCACGAAGGAUUCUGUCUUGGACAAUGAUCUGUCAUCUCUGAAAGCCAUUCUAGUUGUCCAGACUACUGAAAAGGAAUUGCAAUCAAAUACUGGCUAUCCGGAACUUCCACUACAAGAUAGCACCUUGAUUAGCCGAAGUGCAGAUGGUGCCUUGAAUAACCAAGUAGAUCACGCCUUGAAUAACCAUGGUUCCUUCAAUAACCAAGCAGCAGACAAUACCUUGAUUAGCCAGGCAGACGGUGCCCUGAUCAGUCUAACAGUAGAUGGUUCAUCUGCUGCACCAAAUGAUGGUCCUGCGGGAAGUCUGCAGUCUCCACAACUAGCUCAGGUUUCACCUCAAACAAACGAACGAGAACCAUGUGAACACGAGGAAUCAGAGGCAUAAUCAGGGGCAGAUAAAAGAUUUUGUAACGGAGGGGGGAUGGACAUGAAGGACAGAGUACCAGAACCAUGGAAACACAGGGCAUAAUCAGAGGCAUAAUCAGGGGCAGAUAAUAAAAAAACACCUGUGAUUUGGGGUGGGGGUGGGGGAAACUGGACAUGAAGGACAGAGGGAUUGGCUCAUAGGAUAGCGAGACCGAGUCAUCCUUGCACCACCAAUCUUCCCCUAAAACUGGGUAUAAUGUGAUACAACAAGCUUGUGGCAAGGUUGCAAGACGCUCGUCGCAAGCUUGCGGCAAGGUUGUAAAAAGGUUCCAAAUACUAGCUCGAAACGCGGUAGUUACUACCUUGCCGCAAGGUUGUUACCAGCUAUUUAUUAAGCUUACAAUUUUUGUU